AAGAGUAACAUGUAGACUUCAAAUCCUUGCAAAAAUGUGCGCCUCUCACCUUCCGCCUGCGUACAUAGAUCGAGUCAAUUCAGAAGAAAUCGAGAACCGAACCAGGCGACCCGUGACAUCCAAUAGAAACCUCCCCCACGGAUCACACGAACGAUUCCUUUCAAAACCAGCUGACGUUCUACCACCGUCCAAUCCGCUAGGUUCUCCCAUCAACGCUCUCUACAGUCCUGAUGGCGGAUAAAGCACACGCUGGAGCAGAAGGCUUCUUCGACCUAAGCGGUGAACUCCGCAACGUAAUCUAUCGUUACACGCUCAUAGCAGAGGACGGUCCCAGCAACGCUGCGCUCCUCGCAACAAGCAAGCAAGUAUUCUUCGAAGCAGAGCCAAUCCUCUUCAAAGAACGCAUCUUCCAGGUCACCGUCGACUUACGAGGUUGUCAUGUCGAUGGAAAGGAACUGCGCGAUUGGAGAAAGAUGGAGACGUGGCCACCAUAUCUCCGCAAGGCUCAUCAUGUGGCGUUCAAGGCGACGAUGGAUGACUGUAUGUGUGCGGAAUGGCAUGCAGAAUCUGGGUUUUACGCUAUGGGUAAAUUCCUCGAGAGGAGUCAUAGUCUCCGAACGUUGUCGGUAGAAUUCAGACGGAGCGUCGAUGACUUUGGAAACGACAGAUAUCCCAUGACGAUGAUCUGUCCCCGCUGGCUCUUCCACCAGCAGGAUGUGGAGGUCACGAUCGUGGGAACCGAAGACGUUCCACAAGUGGAAUUCAUCCGAGGACCCCGAAUCGCCGCGGCCGAGAACCGGCCACACUCUCUCGAGGAUGCGCAUGCUUGUCUCCGGCGUGCGGUCCAGGAUUUCACCUUCUGGAUGAUAGUAUCGAUGGGCCCGCGACCGCACAAUACCGAGUACAGACCCCGAGGCUUCGAGAAUCAACUCACGGUCACGGAACUCUGCACGCAAUACGAUGCGAUAGAUCCUGAGAUACAUAGUCAAGAUGUCAAUGCGGAGCUGAGACUCGCGGCGAUGCUGUAUGAAUGGAAACUGCAUUCUGAUAGGACGGCAGCCUCCUCGCCCGCGCAACCGGCGUGGGAUCGUGGUUGGAGGAUAGAUUUCUAUACCGUGUUGAAAUAUGCUUUCGCGGCGAUCAGUCUGGGUCGACAAUCUGGGCUGGCGGAAUGGAGGGAUCCGCCUAUGGCCGAUCUAAUGUUCCUGACCAGAAGCUGAACCUGAGCGCGAGCGAAUAUAUCCACAUGAACGAGAAAAAGGAGUCACGCUGAAUUUCGCACUAUCGCUAACCGCAACAAAUAUCUAACACCAUCAAAAGAGGAGUCUACACCUCCGCCCCCUCCUCUCCAUCCGCCACGCGGGCAUAUUCUCCCCGAUACAGCAUUCCCUUGCGAGGGACUUCAUACAUGUUCGUAUAAUCGACCGUGUCCCCACCUAGCAGGGCCUUGCCAUUAGUUUUCGAUCCGAAAAUCGGUCCAUCGCACCAGAAAUCCUGGCAAUUACGAAAAAUGCCGCGGGAGAAAGGCUUGGUCUUGCGGGGGUGCUGUUUGUGUUUGUCUUU